AUGACGACGCGCGCCGCGGCCGCGCAGUACGCGGCAGGGAUGAGGCUCACGGGCGUUGGCAGCUCCGCGCCGGCGAAGAUCAUGACGAACGACGACCUAGGGAAGCUUGUGGAGACCAACGACGAGUGGAUUUCCGCGCGCACGGGCAUCCGCGCCCGCCGCAUCCUCGCGGAGGGGGAGUCCAUCAACGACCACGCCAUCGCCGCGGCACGCGCCGCCCUCGACAUGGCCGGCGUCGCCGGCGAGGACGUCGACAUGGUCAUCAUGUGCACGUCCUCCCCGGACGACCUCUUCGGCUCCGCGUGCCAGGUCCAGGCCGCGAUUGGCGCCACCGGCGCCGUCGCUUUCGACCUCACGGCGGCCUGCUCCGGCUUCGUCGUGGGGCUCAUCACCGCGACGAUGUACCUCCGCUGCGGCGCCGCGCGCAACAUCGUCCUCAUCGGCGCCGACGGGCUGUCGCGGUACGUUGAUUGGGGGGACCGAAACACCUGCAUCCUGUUCGGGGACGGGGCCGGCGCGGUGGUGAUGCAGGGCGACGCGGGCGCGGGCGGGAGCUGCGCGCUGCUCGGGCAGGCGAUGCACAGCAACGGCGAGGGCAACAAGUCGCUCAACGCGCCGUUUGGGCACAACGUCGACAAGCCCGCCAGCGGGGCCGAUGUCGGGCGGCACGCGGAGUUCCAGAACCUCUACAUGAACGGACGCGAGGUGUUCCGGUUCGCGGUGCGGUCCGUGCCGGACGUCAUCCAGGAGGCCCUCGACUCGGCGGGCAUUACCAAGGACGACGUGGACUGGCUGGUGUUGCACCAGGCGAACCAGCGCAUUCUGGACUCCACCGCGGACCGGUUCGAGUUCCCGAAGGAGCGCGUGGUGACGAACCUCGAGCGGUACGGCAACACAUCGGCGGCGAGCAUCCCGCUGGUGCUGGACGAGGCUGUGCGCGAUGGGAGGAUCAAGGGGGGGGAUGUGUUGGCGUUCGCGGGGUUCGGGGCCGGACUGACGUGGGCGUCCGCGAUCGCGCGGUGGGGUGUGAAGUCGUGA